AUGACUUCAUGUGAGGACCCAGAAGAAUCAGUGCCUAUUGCGCAAGAGGCAAAAGAAGGUGCACCGUUGGAUGUUCAUGAUGCUACUCCUUAUAUAGCAUCACGAAAGAAAAGCAAAAAGAACAAAUGCGGUAUCCGAAAAAGGCGUAAUCUGACGGUUCCUGUUAUCGUCAUCACGGGUAUUGGCGUCCUACUGCUUGCCACCAUCAUUGUGUGUAUAGUAAUUGAAACAGUUAGUCCAAAAACUGGAACGCGUUUUUGGGGCACGAAAGUUUGGCGCAAUCACGAUGAACAGGAUAGCGUCUAUCAUCUAUCCAUUGUUGCUUAUGUUAAUCAACUUAAUACUACUUGGAAGGCGAAAUACAAUCGCUUUGCAUCACGAUCAUUAGGAACAGAACUUACUCCGCAAGAGAUGUCGGAGCUCGUUGAGGAGGGCAAGAAGAUGAAUCAGGAGCAGCUUCUUGGUGACACCAUUGAACAUAUGAAAAUACUGAGGAGUAGAAAAGUGCGUUUACCUCAACAGUUCGAUGCUCGAUUACGAUGGCCGCUGUGCUGGUCUGUGCAUCAGGUAUCAAAUCAGGGUGGAUGCGGUUCCUGCUGGAUACUGAGGAGUAGAAAAGUGCGUUUACCUCAACAAUUCGAUGCUCGAUUACGAUGGCCGCUGUGCUGGUCUGUGCAUCAGGCUAUGUCUGCAGCGUCAGUGAUGUCCGAUCGACUUUGCAUAGCAACAAAUUAUACGAAUCAGAAACAAAUCUCUGCACAAGAUCUAGUCUCUUGCUGUACUGAAUGUGGAGGUAAUGGUUUGGGCGAUCUUUGUUGUCUUGGUGAAGCACGAACCCAAAUGGGAAUUUUUUCGAAAAAAGAAAAUGGAAAAGUGCAAGCCAUUAGGCAUUUUGAAGUGUCAGAUGGCCCAGAAUAUCUGUGA